AUUCAAGAUGAAUAGUGACCAGGUGGCACUGGUGGGACAAGUGUUCGAGUCCUAUGUUUCAGAGUACCAUAAAAAUGAUAUUCUUCUGAUCUUGAAGGAAAGAGAUGAAGACGCUCACUACCCAGUUGUGGUUAAUGCUAUGACCCUUUUCGAGACCAACAUGGAAAUUGGAGAGUAUUUCACUGUGUUCCCCAAUGAAGUACUAACUGUUUUUGACAGUGCGCUUCGAAGGUCAGCCUUGACAAUUCUACAGUCCCUUCCUGAGCCUGAGGGGUUUUCUAUGAAGCAGAAUCUUCAUGCCAGGAUAUCAGGUUUGCCCGUUUGUCCUGAACUGGUACGAGAACACAUCCCUAAAACCAAGGAUGUGGGACACUUUCUUUCUGUCACUGGGACAGUGAUUCGAACAAGUCUGGUGAAGGUGCUGGAGUAUGAGCGGGAUUACAUGUGUAACAAAUGCAAGCAUGUGUUUGUGGUGCAGGCUGACUUUGAGCAGUAUUACACUUUCUGUCGGCCAUCUUCAUGUCCCAGCUUAGAGAGCUGUGAUUCCUCAAAAUUCACUUGCCUCUCAGACAUGUCUUCAUCUCCAGCCAGAUGUCGGGAUUACCAGGAAAUCAAAAUCCAGGAGCAGGUCCAAAGACUGGCUGUUGGAAGUAUUCCGAGAUCUAUGAAAGUUAUCCUGGAAGAUGACUUAGUAGACAGUUGUAAGUCUGGGGAUGACCUCACUAUCUAUGGGGUUGUAAUGCAAAGGUGGAAGCCCUUUCAGCGAGAUGCACGCUGUGAAGUGGAGAUUGUCUUGAAGUCCAACUAUGUCCAAGUGAAUAAUGAGCAGUCCUCGGGGAUGGUAAUGGAUGAGGAAGUUCGAAAAGAAUUUGAAGACUUUUGGGAACACUAUAAGAGUGAUCCCUUUGCAGGGAGGAAUGAAAUACUGGCCAGCUUAUGUCCGCAAGUAUUUGGGAUGUAUCUAGUAAAGCUUGCUGUGGCCAUGGUGCUGGCUGGUGGAAUUCAAAGAACUGAUUCUGCAGGAACAAGGGUCAGAGGUGAAUCUCAUCUUUUAUUGGUUGGGGAUCCUGGCACAGGUAAAUCGCAGUUCCUCAAAUAUGCAGCAAAGAUUACACCACGGUCUGUAUUGACCACAGGAAUUGGAUCUACUAGUGCAGGUCUGACAGUAACAGCUGUGAAAGACUCAGGAGAAUGGAAUUUGGAGGCUGGGGCCUUGGUGCUUGCAGAUGCUGGGCUUUGCUGUAUUGACGAAUUUAACAGCCUCAAAGAGCAUGACAGAACCAGUAUCCAUGAAGCAAUGGAGCAACAAACCAUAAGUGUCGCUAAGGCUGGCCUCGUUUGUAAGCUGAACACAAGGACCACCAUCCUGGCAGCAACUAACCCCAAAGGCCAGUACGACCCCCAGGAGUCCGUGUCUGUGAACAUUGCCCUCGGUAGUCCACUCUUAAGUCGAUUUGACCUUGUCUUGGUCUUGCUCGAUACCAGGAACGAAGACUGGGAUCGUAUAAUUUCUUCCUUCAUCUUAGAAAAUAAAGGUUACCCAAGCAAAUCAGAGAAUCUGUGGAGCAUGGAGAAGAUGAAAACCUACUUCUGCCUCAUUAGGAAUCUCCAGCCCACACUGUCUGAUGUGAGCAAUCAAGUGCUCCUCCGAUACUACCAAAUGCAAAGGCAGAGUGAUUCCCGGAAUGCAGCCCGGACAACCAUCCGCCUAUUGGAAAGCUUGAUCCGAUUAGCAGAAGCUCAUGCUCGCCUGAUGUUCCGCAAUACUGUGACGCUGGAAGACGCCAUUACAGUCGUGUCAGUGAUGGAGUCCUCAAUGCAGGGAGGUGCACUGCUAGGAGGUGUGAAUGCUCUUCACACAUCCUUCCCUGAAAGUCCACGGGCACAGUACCGGAGGCAGUGUGAACUCAUUCUGGAAAAGCUGGAGCUCCAGAGUCUCUUGAGCGAAGAGCUUAGAAGACUUGAAAGGUUACAGAAUGAGAAUGUGCACCAGCCCCAGCCACAGGCAGUAAAUGUAGAGUCGGCUCCAGGUUCCUCGAGAAAUGACCCAAGGGACAAGCCAAGGCUCAGGACUUCAACACAGCAGGAGCAGAGCUUUAGCUGCUACAACUCCUCCCCUGCUGGGAGUUCCACGGAAUGUCCUGAUGGAGACUCCACGUCUGGUCUUGGGCUCAAUGGACCAACAAGUAGUAACCACUCAGCUGAGCACAAAGGUUGCAGAGAUGACACCUUAGAUUCGUUUACCCUCGUGGCAACUCCUGAGAUUGAAUCAGAAAGCAGUGCUGUGUCUCCUGAACUGAAAACAACUGAGGAAAAUGUGGCUUUGAAAAUCCCUAACAAUAAACCUCAGGGCAAAGAGAAACAUGGAUCAGGGCACAGGAGCAAAUUAUUAGAAACUGGACAUCUUCCAUCACUGGGAGCCAUGGAUGCCCCCUUAAGGUCACAUGGUGUCAGGGGUACAAAGGCUAGAAAGGCAGUAGUUGUAUCUGAAGGAGCAGGGCAGGAUAAUAAACCAGACUCUGGGCUGAAUCAUAUACCCCAUAGGUCCCCCAAGCUGCUGAAAGAGGGGUCCCAGAGCAUGCAUAGCAGUACAACCCGGGUGCGAUCACUGCCUUUUACCCCGUCCAUUCCUUUGCCUGGACCAGAAAAAACAACAGGAAUACCCAAAAGAAAGAGACAGAAAUCUCCCGCUCAGGUGGGAGAGCCUGAACCUGAAAGUGUGGAGACUACACAUACUCCAUUGGUGAAACUGGCCAAAUUCACUUUCAAACAGAAAACAAAACUGAGUCACUCCUCUGAUGGCCACAGCCCUGUGCCUCCCAGUUCUCCUAAAAUAGCAGUGAGCAGUUCUAAAAUUCCCCAACAAAGAACAAGAAGAGAAGCAACUGUGCCUGUGAAAGGCCGGAGAAAGUUGACAUCUACCUCAGGAGAUGGAUGCUCUGACCAGCUGCAGGGAAACACAAAGGAGCUCUCAAGGCAGCUACCAGAGAGAAGUCAACCACAGGAGGAGAGGGACCAGGGGCCUGAAAGGAGGGUUAUUCAGCUCGAACUGGAGCUUGGGAACCAGGCUGGGCAUUCUCAUCCAGCUUGCGAGACAGACAAAAAGGAAGGGGGUUCCUGCAGUAAUAAAAGCAGCAAGGUUCAUUCUGGCACGUUAGCAAGACUGGCAACCUUCUCCUUCGCUUCCCCACCAGAAUCCAAAUCAGAAUCCCUCCCUCCUGAAAGGAAGGACCAUGGCGAGAGACGACACAGCCCUCCUGCAGCCACAGUUCCAGGGCUUGGCCAGCAAAGGCAGUCUUUUCAGCUGCAGCCGUCCACUGAGAGAGGGAAUCUUUCCACACACUCCCUCUUUACUCUAUCAGAACUAGAUGAUGAAGCAUUAGAUUUUGACUGGGAUGAAGAGAUGAGUAAGAAGUCAUGAUUGUGAGAAGCGGUCUGGCCAUAAUUGUCUUUCCCAACUCAGCCUCAUGCCUUCAAAGGACAUUGAGGUGUUUAUAGGUGUGUACACACAAUGUGUAUUAAGUGCCAUGCAAGAGUCCAGCUCCCUUGUUGGGUUUAUAAUUUCAGGUUUAUCUUUAUGAAUUAAAACACUAAAUAAUGAAUUCCAGUCAGUGUGAUGCCAGCAUUUGGGAUGAAUAAAUUAAUGCAUCAUUUCACAAAAAAAGAUGACUUGCCAUUCAAAAGCAUUUCUAGUUUUUCACCUGUUUUUGGUUGGUUGGUUGGUUGGUUGGUUGGUUGGGUUUUGUUGUGUUGUUUUGGUUUGGAGGUAUUGUUUUUUCAUUUGAUGGAGAAGUCCUUUUCUAAUUUCCUUCUUUCACUCAUCCAGACCAAAUGGCAUGAAGGGAACACUCAUAAAUCUAACAGGUUCUCUGUUUCCUCUAUGUUCCUUUAUAUUUUCUACCCAGUAUGGACAGAAUGUGGUGAAUAUUUAUUAACAUUUGGAAUACCUUGGGAAAUCGAGUGGUUUUCUCCCACUUUGAUGUUUAUUCUAGUGCAUCAGAUUAAAUGUGAACGAUGGGUUUC